ACUAUUCCAUUUCGCAUCUGAAAAAUCAGAUAGUUGGAAAUAAUUCUUCAUGCCAGGGACUGCUGUAGCCCCAGCACGGAUAAUAGCAGAGGACACCUGACCUGAGAUAAGCAAAUGGAUCAUCAGGAGCUAAAAGAACCCAUGAAGGUCUCACUCAUUAAAGAUGAGAUGAAUCGAUCCAACAUGGGAACAAGUGACUCAGAGAAGGUCAUCAAGCAUCUGAACGAGGAGCUUCAUGAGGCCCACGAGCUCUCCAACACAGGAAAACUGAAAUGCAUGGAACUACAAGGUGUCCUGGAGGAGGAGAGGAGAGCCAACAAGCAGCAAGCUGACGAGUCUGCAAAACAGAUGAAACUCCUACACGGCCAGCUGCGACAGCUACAGGACGAGCUGGGGGUCCUCAGAGAGCAGAAAGACAGCGCCUCCCUGAGUUCACAAGAUGAACUGCACAGAUCCCGAGAAGAAGUGAAGACGCUGCGUCGCGCCCUUGAUGCUGCCACCGCCGAUUGGAAGCGGGAGGUUUCUACAGUCCAGGGUAACCUAGCAACCGUCUCCAAGGAGAUGGAGAAGUGGCGACAGACAGCCAGCAAGUACGAGCGUGAGAUGAAAGGCCUGCAAGGUGACCUACAGCAGCAGAGCAAGCAGUGGCAGAAGGCUGCCGAGUCACAAGCAGGUGAACUGGAGUCUAUGCAGAGGGAGUGCACCAGCCUCCAGAGGGAGGUGUCAUCCCUGCGCUCAGAGAAACAGGAAGUGCUGAAUAAACACCAGAAGGAGUGUGCUGCCCUCAGGGCGGAGAAGGAGGAACUGCUCAGGGCUCACCAGAAGGAGAAGGAGAACCUACAGAGUGAGAGUGCUGUCAUGCGCUCAGAGAAAGAGGCCAUGCUGAAGAAGCAAAAGGAGCUAGAGAAGGAUUUGGCCAGCUCAUGUGCCCAGAGUGCUGAGCUGAGCAGCAUUCUGAAGGCCCUGGAGCUCUCUCAGGGGGAGAUGGAGAAGAGGCUGGGGGCCCAGCAGGAGCAGCACCAGCAGGAUAACACCAAGCUUCAGAGCCAGCUGGACCAGUCAGACGGCCGCACCAAGGACCUGCAGAGAGAGUACGAAGAGACCCAGACCGAGCUGUCAGACCUGAAGGAGAAGUUUGAGAGGACCGAGCAGGAAAAGCAGUCGAUCACUGAUGAGCUUGAGGAGUGUAAAGCUGACCUGAAAAUGCUGCGGGAGAAAGGAAACAAAAGUGGAUGGAUCGUGUGGGUGCCUCACGCAGUUGCCGUGGUAGCGACUAUGACUGCUGCCGUGCUCUACGCCAGGACCUGAGUGUGAGACACACACACAUACACAUACACACACACACACACACACACACAAGGAUAUAUGAGUGCAAACAUGCACACAUACGUACAUAUGGUCAGACUUCUGUACACUAAACCUAUUUAACCCAUUGCCUCCUAAUCUGUUCAGUUGUUUACUCAUGUUCAGAUGGAGAGCCCUUUAGUUGAAUACUUAUAUAGUUUAAUUGAUAUAUUUUAGAGAGAAAUGAAUAUCAAAUAUACUGUACAAUUGAAGACAAGUUCAAUCUUCCUAAAGUUAUAAUUUCAGGACCUCAUAAAUGCAAUUUUGUUUUUCUCUUUAUGUUUUACAUAAGGACUCUAUCUUCUCAUAGGAUUUCAACAAUGAAUGUAGGCUAAAGAUACUGUACACUGUUAUCCUCACUAAUAAUGUAUAAUAUUACUGCAGAAAGACCUUCUGUCUUCGAGGUCCAACUGCCCUAAACACUUUCUUUGUUUUAGAGUCCAGUAAAAUAUGUAAAUUCACCUUAAACUUGAAUUUGCUGCAUUGCAACGCCUAGGCUAUCUGUGAAUACAUGGUGAAUGAUCUUAGAUAAUUUGCAUACACUCACUCACAUAAUUCUGGUAAAAAGGGUUAAGGAAUACCCAGAGGUUAAUCCUGAUCUUGAGCCCAAAAAGUUAGAAGUUCCCCCUCAAUUUGAUGUUAACUGUUGACUAUUCAGUAGGCCUACCUCCUUUUGAAUCAAUGUUUGCAUGCAUUUUAAACCUCUAGUAUCAAUUAAUUUGCCAUCCAAUUAACUUCACCACAAAAUAUACUGUAAUUCAAGCAUUGCUUUUUCCAAUGUAAAUAAUUGUGCAAAAUGUAUUGUAUUUUGUAAAGAUAUGGAAAGUGAUAAUAUAGUUGAUUAAAUUUGAAGUAUAGCUAUUUGCUCUAAAAUGUACUUUAUGUGCUACCUUAAUUAAACAUUCUAAAUCUCA